CGCCGCUCUUGUCCGGGCCCCUGCUGUUGCUGCUGUCGCCUGCGUCUGUUGCCCCAACUCGGCGCCCGACUUCUUCAUGGUGUGCGGAGGUCAUGUUCGCUCCUUAGCCGGCCAACGACUUUUCUCCUCGCCUCCUCGCCCCGCAUGUUCAGGACCAAACGAUCUGCGCUCGUCCGGCGUCUCUGGAGAAGCCGUGCGCCCGGCGGCGAGGACGAGGAGGAGGGCACGGGCGGAGGCGGAGGCGAGCUGCGGGGAGAAGGGGCCACGGACGGCUGGGCGCAUGGGGCGGGUGGCGACGGCGCAGGCAGGGCUGGCUGCUGCCUGGGCAAGGCGGUCCGGGGUGCCAAAGGUCACCACCAUUCCCACCCCCCAGCCGCGGGCGCCGGCGCGGCCGGGGGCGCCGAGGCGGAUCUGAAGGCGCUCACGCACUCGGUGCUCAAGAAGCUGAAGGAGCGGCAGCUGGAGCUGCUGCUGCAGGCCGUGGAGUCCCGCGGCGGUACUCGCACCGCGUGUCUCCUGCUGCCCGGCCGCCUAGACUGCAGGCUGGGCCUGGGGGCGCCCGCCGGCGCGCAGCCCGCGCAGCCGCCCUCGUCCUAUUCGCUGCCCCUCCUGCUGUGCAAAGUGUUCAGGUGGCCGGAUCUCAGGCAUUCCUCGGAAGUCAAGAGGCUGUGUUGCUGUGAAUCUUACGGGAAGAUCAACCCCGAGCUGGUGUGCUGCAACCCCCAUCACCUUAGCCGACUCUGCGAACUAGAGUCUCCCCCUCCUCCUUACUCCAGAUACCCGAUGGAUUUUCUCAAACCAACUGCAGACUGUCCAGAUACUGUGCCUUCCUCCGCUGAAACAGGGGGAACGAAUUACCUGGCCCCUGGGGGGCUUUCAGAUUCCCAACUUCUUCUGGAGCCUGGGGAUCGGUCACACUGGUGCGUGGUGGCAUACUGGGAGGAGAAGACGAGAGUGGGGAGGCUCUACUGUGUCCAGGAGCCCUCCCUGGACAUCUUCUAUGAUCUACCUCAGGGGAACGGCUUCUGCCUCGGACAGCUCAAUUCAGACAACAAGAGUCAGCUGGUGCAGAAAGUGAGGAGCAAGAUCGGCUGCGGCAUCCAGCUGACGCGGGAAGUGGACGGCGUGUGGGUGUACAACCGCAGCAGUUACCCCAUCUUCAUCAAGUCAGCCACACUGGACAACCCGGACUCCAGGACGCUGUUGGUGCACAAAGUGUUCCCCGGUUUCUCCAUCAAGGCUUUUGACUACGAGAAGGCGUACAGCCUGCAGCGACCCAAUGACCACGAGUUCAUGCAGCAGCCGUGGACGGGCUUCACCGUGCAGAUCAGCUUCGUGAAGGGCUGGGGCCAGUGCUACACCCGCCAGUUCAUCAGCAGCUGCCCGUGCUGGCUGGAGGUCAUCUUCAACAGCCGGUAGCCCACGGGGAGCAGACGGAGCACGAGCCGAGCGGGCCCAGUCCAAACUACUUUGCUGCUAAUGUUUUCCUCCUGAGUGCUUUUGCUUUUCAUGCGAACUCUUUGGUUGUUUUCUCCCCCCAUCUUGUCGUUCUUGUUUAUGUUCUGCUUUGUUUUGUUCUUUGAGAAAUAGCUUAUGGAAAGAAUUGUCAGAAUCCCCCCAUCCACACCCCUUCCCCCCCUGGGGCAGGGGGACUGGUAGAGUUGGCAGAACAACCAAAAUGAAACAGGGAAGCGAAAGUCAGAGUACCCCAAACCCAGUGUAUGAAUGAGGGA